AUGUCGCCACAACAACGCAACAGAAAAAAUGGGGUUGUUGGCGAGAACCACGACCCGGAGGCUCCGUUUGAUGAGCAUGAUUUUCACGAAAAGACAAAGAUCGAAAACGACAAUUGUCAUCUUCAGCCCACCCGAUGGUGGUUCCUAUCCUCUGUCUUUCCUAUGAUUGCCGGAACACUCGGCCCUAUAGCUUCAGCAUUCAGUAUCUGUGCUUUAGUUACUCCAUGGAGGCAGCAGCUUGCUCCAGGGGGAGACCCCGACACAGCGCCAUUUGUUCCCGAUCCCGCGUGGUUAACAGCAGUCAACGCCGUUCAGCUCGCUAUUGCCCUCAUCUCCAAUUUUUUCUUACUCUUUAAUAUGGCACGGCGAAUUCGGUUUGGCAUAGCACAGCCUAUUACGAUUGUCGGAUGGUUUAUAUCUGCUAUUGCCUUGAUUUGUUUGCUUUGUACAGGCGCCGGACCUCUUAUGGAAGGCCUUGAUUUCCCACAGGAUGAGUUAAUCUGGUCUCAAUCAUUUUAUUACGGUAUAUGGGCAGCCAUUCUCUACUUCAUCGUGGCAACUCUUAUGAGCAUCACAUUCUGGGGAGCCUAUUCGGGCCAUUAUCCAAAAGAUUUUGUCCUCACCCUUAGCCAACGCACGCUCAUGCUGCAGACUAUCUCGCUACUUGUAUAUCUCCAUGUUGGUGCUGUCGUCUUCAGUUCAAUUGAAGGCUGGCGAUUUCUAGACGGCGUAUACUGGGCAGAUGUCACUCUCUUCACCGUGGGCUUCGGCGACUUUACUCCUUCAACAACCCUUGCAAGGGCGUUGAUGAUUCCAUAUGCCAUCGUUGGGAUCAUAAGCCUGGGUUUGGUGAUUGGAUCGGUCAGGAGUCUAACUCUCGAAGGCGGGAAGCGCAGACUCCUGGCACGUAUGGAAGAAAAGAAGAGGAGGAAAACCGUUCGUAAAAUCACACAAAAGGGGAAAGACGAAAUUCUAGAACCCAUCCUAGAGGAACCCGGAUUACCGCGUACGUCGACAGAUAGAAGCAUCAACAGCGAAUAUGAGCGACGCAAGGCGGAGUUUGCUUUGAUGCGCAAGAUCCAGGCCAUGACCUCUACACGAAGAAAAUGGAUGGCUUUAGCCACAUCUGUCAUGGUAUGGCUCGUGUUCUGGCUGGUGGGAGCCGUGGUGUUUAUGCAAGCAGAGAAACGCUACCAAGGCUGGACUUACUUUGAAGCAUUCUACUUCUGCUUCAUAGCAUGGACAACCAUCGGCUAUGGCGACUUUACACCCGUAUCUAAUGCCGGGAAGUCUUUUUUUGUUUUUUGGUCCCUCAUGGCUUUGCCCACCAUUACAGUGCUCAUCUCUCACGCAGGUGACACCGUCGUCAGGAUCAUCAAAGAUAGUACCAUUCGUCUAGGAAACGUCACCAUUCUACCCGGCGAAGAAUCCUAUAUGGCUAGUCUCAAACAUCUCAUUAGCAGAAUGACUCUUGGCAAGGUCUUUCAUGCCCACUACGAAACUACAGAUCCAUUUAUUCUGGAGUCAAAGAGACACCACCUUCAGAGGCUAGCUAGCAUUAUGGAAGAGCUCGAAGAGGAAGAACUUUCUGAUCAAGAAAGAGCUUAUGAGAGAGAUCAAGAAGAAUCAAGGGGCCGCCCUGAGAACGUACGCCGUCCUUCACAAGCAUCAAGCUUCACUUCCAAAGUGCGACGGUCUCUCUCCCACAUUCGCAAUGCAAACCACAAGAUUCCCACAGGAGCCGACUUUCAUUUCCUUCUCAUUUCGGAGAUUCGUGCUGUUGCUAAGCACAUGAAGGAGCACAAGACGCAUCAAUACGAUUUUGACGAAUGGGCGUGGUAUCUGAAACUAAUUGGUGAAGAUGAGCAUAAUCCAUACACGCAUACUAAAGCGAGGGUCAAGCCAAAGACCCAUAAUACCUCUGGGGAACAAAGUGAAAGCGCGAAUGAAGAACUUGUGAAAUGGUCAUGGGUUGGCCAUCGCAGCCCUUUAAUGGGGAGCCAAGGGGAAAGUGAAUGGAUACUGGAAAAGCUCGCGGAUAGGCUGCAAGAGUGUCUGUCAGCAGAGAGUAGGCGGCAAAGAGGCAAGCGUAGAGAGAGUCGAGUCCAUGUUUAA